CGGCCGCCCGCCCCAGGUCCCGGCCGCGCGCCCGCGCCCGCGGGGUCGAGUGCUCGCCCCCGUCUCCUGUCGAGAGUGGUGCGCGCUCAGUCCAGGCAUGUACAUGCGAGUGGAGUCACGCACCAGCUCCUGCCUCCAUCUGAAGAGGGCUCCAGGCAUCAGGUCCUGGUCUUUGCUUGUUGGAAUCUUGUCGAUUGGCCUGGCUGCUGCGUACUACAGUGGAGAUAGUCUGGGCUGGAAGCUCUUCUAUGUCACGGGCUGCCUGUUUGUGGCCGUGCAGAACCUGGAGGACUGGGAGGAAGCUGUUUUCAACAAGAGCACUGGGCAGGUGGUUCUGAAGACAUUCAGCUUGUACAGGAAGCUGCUGACUCUUUUCAGAACUGGCCACGAGCAAGUGGUGGUCCUGCUGAAUGACAUCCGGGAUGUGAAUGUGGAGGAGGAGAAAGUCCGGUAUUUUGGGAAAGGCUACGUGGUGGUGCUGCGGUUUGCGACAGGCUUCUCCCACCCCCUCACCCAGAGUGCUGUCAUGGGCCACCGCAGUGACGUGGAAGCCAUCGCCAAGCUUAUUGCCACCUUCCUGGAACUGCACCGCCUGGAGAGUCCUGUGGAGCUGUCUCAGAGCAGUGACAGCGAGGCUGAUGGCCUGGGGAGCCAGAGCUAAUGCCCACAGAACCCCCCUGGCCUUGGUUCUGGUGGCACCCUGGUAGGCCUGAUGAGCCACUGGCAAGUCUUCCUCCGGUGCCUGGGUGUGUCCCUGGCAGCGCCAGCGUGGGACCUUCAGCCAUUCCUGCUGCUUGCUUCCGCCCUCUGAGCAGAACCACAGGCUGACCUUCUCUGCAGGCCUCAGAGCUGCCUCCUCCUGGCAUCAGAUGGCUGGCCCCAGCCUGGGUGGUAUGGGUGGGGCGUGAGGGCACACGUACCCCACUGCCCACCAGCUGUGUGGGGAUCAGGUCUCUGAAAUGGGAGGGAUGCUCAGGCUCCCCGGGGCGGGGGGGGGGGGGGCAGGGAGGUUCGCCAGCACCAGCUCCCCCAGCAUUUCAGCUCCCCAGUGAGAGCAAGGCUUUAGCAGGUGUGCACAGGGCCAGCGGCUGGGUCAGGCUCUGAGGAUGCCAGGACGACACCCACAUUCGCAUGUUGUCCGUGUGAAUCCCAGUGGGUCAUGCCCCACACGCUGCAGCCCUUCUCUGGCUCAACGUCCUCAGGGGUUAGAGUGCAGUGCUUGCCCAGGGUCUGAAGGGCCCAGGGUGGACGUUGAGGGUCCCACCUGCCUAUGUGCACUGCAGCCACUCCUAAGGCCUCCCCAGCCCACAGACAGCCCCUGUCCAGCUGGGCCUGCAGGGGUGGGGGAGGCCUCAGGCAGGCCCUAGACCAGGGCGGCUCCCUCAGGAACCCAGGCAGGAUGGGGGGCUCAGGGCUGCUGCAGCAGUCCCCGCAGAGGGGGCACUCAGGAGCCGUGCCUAGGACUGGCUGGGGAGACCCGCUCCCUUCUCAGAUGUCACCAGCAGCGCUAGUUUGGGGAUGCAAUCACUUACACAUGCCAAAGCUAGGUUUUAAGUGGUAAAAUCUGAAAGCCUUCUUUUUCUAAAAUAAAGUAUGAAAUGCUGUAA